AGUUGAUUAAUGUCUCAAAUUAAUCAUCUUCAUUUCAUUUCAUUUAUCUCCAUAUUAUCAUUUUUCAUAAAAAUAAGAAUAUAAGUUAAAAUAAGACAUGAUUUAAAGGUCUUAGUUACCAGGUCAUAAAAUCCCUUAAAAAAAAGCAAAGGAACCGAACGGAUGAAUGAAAGGAAGUUUAGUAAUAAAUACUAUCUAAAAUGUACUAAAUUAUUUUUCAAAUUUUUAUGAGAAAAACAUUGUUAUUUAUGAAAAAUGGGAACGCAGAAACCUGGAGAAUGGGCUAAUUCGUUGAUAGCGCGUUUCGAAGAACAGCUCCCUUAUAGGACGGGAGCACAGAACCUGCACUCAAGGAUUAAUGAGGAACAAUGUAAAGCAUGCCUCGUCCAGAUAAGCAGAUACCGGUUCUCAUUAGUCAUUUCAGGGCUGACGAAAAUACUGCAGAGAGUAAAUGAACUGUAUCAGCCAACAUUCACAAGCAGCAUCAAUAGACCUCAAACAGAGCUGGAGAAGGGCUACCACGAUAGUCUUGUGAUAGUCCUGGACACACUUGAGAUAUGCCUCAGCUCACAGCCCAAGGAUACUGCCAAAUAUGAUGAAGCAAUGAAUGUAAAAAUUCUGCUUCGGGAAGUCUGUCAGUUUAUGGAUUCACGUAAUGAGAAUGUGGUGAACAACAAUUUAUUGAGGCAAUUGGCUAGUAAGGUUCUGUUUGCGCUCAGCCUAAACUUCUUCAAUGCAGUGUUCAACCGGAUCAGUGCUAGACUACAGGAGCUGUCUUCAAGCUCAGAAGAAAAUCCUGAUUAUACAGACCUAGAAUUAAUUCAACAUAUUAACGUCGAUAUAUUAAGAUUGAUACGAUUGUUGCAAGAGUCGAUACAAAAAUUUAGAUUAUUAAGAAAAUCCGCGCACAUAGUACUGGUCGUGUCUCUGGAGAAAGCUAUAUGGAACUGGAUGGACACUUAUCCGCAGGAGUUCUCCGACGUGCAGUGCACGCCCAACGACGAGCUCGGCAAGUGCUGCGACACCCUGUUCGACAUGCUGCAGGACAGUUUCGCCGAGAACAAGAAGUCCAGGGCGGCGAUGUGGCCCCUACAGAUCAUGCUCCUAGUCCUGAAUCCGAAAGUCCUGGAGGAGAUCGUGAACGCCGACAGCGGAGCGCCGUGCAGCCCCCGACAUACGAAGAAGAAGCACUUCAUCGAUUCAGUCAAGAGAGGACUCCACCCGCAGAAUAACUCGAAGCAGCUGAUAGAGGCGGCCGUGGUGACCAGCGUGAAGCUCUGCAAGGCCUCGACGUACCUGAAGACGGCGGACUCUGGGAACGUUACCUUCGUACUCGUCAAGUCUGUCAUCAAUGACCUCAAGUCGCUGCUGUUCAACCCCUCGAAGUCGUACAUACGCGGCAGCGUGCUGUCCGGCUACUCGGACCUGGACCUCAUGACCGACUGCUUCGUGUCCCUGUUCCGCAUCAUGCCCCACAACAACGACGCCCUGAAGGUCUGCCUGAACCUCAACGCUCACAUCUCCUACCACUACGUCAUUGUGAACGCCUUGAACAGGAUAAUAAAACAACCCCGACUGCCUUGGUGGCCGCAGAUCGACCUCCUGUACCCGAGGGCCGCCGAACUCCGGGCAAUGUUCACGGAUACGUCGAACAAAGCUACACAGGGUUACGUGGCGCACACGCCGCUCCGGAUGAUCUCCCUGUCGCUCAAGUCGAAGGAGGUCCAGUCCAAGUUCAACCGGGCCGAGGAGAUGCCCGCCUACAGACACCUGCUGCUGUGCAUGGUCAAGUUGAUUCAUGCCGACCCCAUGCUGAUGCUGAGCAACCCUGGCCGCUCCAACCUAGAGAUGCAGUCGUCGACGACGGAGCUGAUGAACGGGCUGGUGUCGCUGGUGCACCAGGGUGGGCUGGGCGAGGUGUCCGGCGCCGCCAUGGACGCGCUGCUGGCGCUGCACCGCCCCGACCGCGUCCUCAACUGGAACCCGGACGCGCCGCUGCUUACCUUCUGGGACCACAGCUCCCAGGUGCUGUACAACAUUAGCCAGAAGCUGGUCCAGCGUCAGAUCGGCAACUACCGCGAGGUGCUGCGCUGGCUGCGCGACAUACUGACCUACCGCAACGAGUUCCUGUCCGCGCACAAGGAGUACGCCAACGUCGGCUCGCACAUACCGAUAUGCAAGCAGGCGCACAUCAAACUCGAGGUGGUGUUCUUCAUGUGCCUGUGGUCGAUCGACACGGACGUGGUGCUGGUGGCCAUGUCGUGCUUCGCGCUGCUGUGCCAGGAGGCGGACAUCCGCUGCGGGGCCGACGAGCUGACGGCGCACUCGCUGCUGCCCAACUACUCCGUGUUCCAGGAGAUAGCGCACACCUCCUCCGUCCUCACCACCGCCAAUCAGGAUAUAGGAAAAGGAUGCUACUAUAAAAACAUACACAGUUCGGCGGCUCUGCAGAAGCGCAUAAUGGCAUUGCUGAGGAAAAUCGAGCACUGCGUCAACGGGGUCCAGCCGGUCUGGGAGGAGACCUUCAGAUGUUGGGACUCCCUCUGUAAGCUCUUGCAGAAGUUCCCCAAAGGUCAAGGCGAGAAGCUGGACGACUGUCAGAUGGAGGCCCUCCACAGGACGGCCGUGAAGCGAAGGGUCUCCAAUCACAGCAGCAGCGAACAUGACUUCGAGAUGCAGAUACAGGAGUGGGCGAACAUAACGUCGUUCCUGUGCGCGCUGGGCGGAGUCUGUCUGCAGAAGAGGCCGGCGCCCCCCACCUGGUCCAUCGUGCACGGCCACGAUUCAAGAAAAUACACAGUGCUCGCCAACAGCUCACAGGAAGUCCAGUACUGUCCCGUGACACAGUUUAUAGGGCAGCUUCUGCGCUUGCUACUCUGCGGUAACGAUCGCUUCGGGCAGCAGAUCCAGAACCACGUGAAGGAGGUGGUCGGCAGGGAGAUGUCGCCGCAGCUCUACCCCAUACUCUUCGAUCAGAUCAAGGCCAUCAUCGACAAGUUCUUCGAUCAGUACCAACAGGUCAUGCUCACGGAUAUCAACACGCAAUUCGUGGAGCACACUAUAUUCAUAAUGAAAAGUAUAUUGGACAACAAGAGGAGCGGUCAGCCAACGGAGCACCUCAGCACUACGUCCAUCGAAGGCCUGAUGCUGGCCAUCGUUCGGUACGUUCGUCACUUGGACAUGACGGUGUUGUCUGUUCACAUCAAGACGAAGCUGUGUCAAGUUGUCGAGGCCAUGAUGAGGAGACGAGACGACCUCGCCUUCAGACAGGAAAUGAAGUUCCGUAACAAGAUGGUGGAGUACGUCACCGACUGGGUGCUGGGCACCAGUCACCAGAUCGCUCCGCCGCUGCGAGCCGACGCGUCCUCAAUCACCAGAGAGCUGGACCAAGCGUGCAUGGAGGCGGUGGCGGCGCUGCUGCACUCGCUCCCGCUUCAGCCUGAGGAGUCUGACCGCGGCGACCUCAUGGAAGCCAAGAGCCAGCUCUUCCUCAAAUAUUUCACUCUAUUCAUGAAUCUACUCAACGAUUGUCACGAAGGCGAAAUGGAAACAUUGAGGAAUGCAACGAUACAGGCCAUGUCCAACCUCCUGUCUGCCAAUAUCGACUCCGGCCUGAUGCACAGUAUUGACUUAGGCUAUCACAGAGACCUGCAGACCAGAGCGGCAUUCAUGGAGGUCCUGACUAAGAUCCUGCAGCAGGGCACCGAGUUCGACACCCUGGCCGAGACCGUGCUGGCCGAUCGAUUCGAACAGUUGGUUCAACUAGUCACCAUGAUCUCGGAUAAGGGCGAGCUGCCGAUAGCGAUGGCGCUCGCCAACGUGGUGAGUACCUCGCAAAUGGACGAGCUGGCGAGGGUCUUCGUGACGCUGUUCGACGCCAAACAUCUGCUAGCUCCUCUGCUGUGGAACAUCUUCUAUAGAGAAGUCGAGGUUUCCGAUUGUAUGCAGACUUUAUUCCGUGGCAACUCAUUGGGCAGUAAGAUCAUGGCGUAUUGCUUUAAGAUAUACGGUCACGGAUACCUUCAAGCCCUGUUAGAGCCUCUCAUAACAUCGCUACUGGAUAAGGCGGCCACGAAACCUGAACUCAGCUUCGAAGUGGAUCCGGCCAGAUUAGAACCGAACCAAGACAUAGAAGCGAAUCGAGCGAAUUUAAUCGAACUAACCAAAGAAGUAUUCGAUAGGAUCGUGAAUUCGGCUGACAAGUUCCCGCCCCAGCUGAGGAGCAUGUGCCACUGUUUGUAUCAGGUGUUGAGUAAAAGGUUCGCCCAGUUCCCGCAGACCAGCGUUGGCGCCGUCGGAACCGUACUGUUCUUGAGGUUCAUCAAUCCCGCUAUAGUGUCGCCACAAGAGAUGGGCAUCGUCUGCCGUCCCGUUCCCUCCGCGUUCAAACGGGGCCUCAUGCUGAUGUCGAAGAUCCUGCAGAACAUCGCGAACCACGUCGAGUUCUCUAAGGAGCAGCACAUGCUGCCCUUCAACCACUUCCUGAGGGCCCACUUCGAGCCGGGCAGGAAGUUCUUCAUCCAGAUAGCGUCGGACUGCGAGAGCGUGGACCAGAGCUCGCACAGCCUGUCCUUUAUCAGCGACGCCAACGUGCUGGCGCUGCACCGCCUGCUGUGGAACCACCAGGAGCGCAUCGGGGACUAUCUGUCCUGCAGCCGCGACCACAAGGCCGUGGGGAGGCGACCCUUCGACAAGAUGGCGACACUGUUGGCUUACUUGGGCCCGCCUGAGCAUAAGCCAGUCGAAUCUUCAUCCGGCCUCCUGUUCUCGUCCUACGCGCGCUGGUCGUCGAUCGACAUUUCGUCGACCAACUUCGAGGAGUUCAUAGUGAAGCACAACAUGCACAAGAAGGAAGAGUUCAAGAGCAUAAAGAGCAUGAACAUCUUCUACCAGGCCGGCACCAGCAGGCAGGGCAACCCCGUCUUCUACUUCAUAUCCAGGCGCUACAAUCAAUUGUCGGGCAGCUGCUCCCGGAUUGGCGACAUGAACGCGGACCUGCUCAUCUACCACGUGAUCCUGACCCUCAAGUCCUUCUGCCAGCAGCCGUUCGAGGUGGUCGUCGACCUCACGCACACCAACUCGGAAAAUAGGUUUAGAACCGAUUUCUUGCAGAAGUGGUUCACUGUUCUCCCGGAAGUAGCGUAUACGAAUGUCCACGCCGUCUACAUAUACAACUGCAACAACUGGGUCAGGGAGUACACGAAGUUCCACGAGACGAUCUUGGUUCCGCUGAGGAAUCACCGCAAACUAGUGUUUAUCGAUAAUUUAGCGAAGCUCUGCGAUUAUAUCGAUAUGGAGCAGCAGAGGCUACCGGGCGCGACGCUAGCGCUCGAGGAAGACCUGAAGGUGUUCAACAACGCUCUCAAACUCUCCCACAAAGACACCAGAGUGGCCAUCAAGGUCGGUCCCACAGCUCUGCAAAUAUGCGCCAUAGAGAAGACCAAAGUGUUGGGACAUCCGGCAAUACUGAACGACGUUUAUUACGCGUCCGAAAUCGACGAGGUGUGCCUCGUGGACGACAACCAGUUCUCGCUGUCGAUCAUCAACGAGCCGGCGCCGCUCAGCUUCAUCCACAACGACUGCGACAACAUCGUCCAGUCGAUAAUACACAUCAGGAACCGGUGGGAGCUGAGCCAGCCGGACACGGUGACGGUACAUCAGAAGAUCCGUCCCAAAGACGUCCCGGGAACCCUGCUCAACAUGGCCCUGCUGAACCUGGGCUCGUCUGACCCGAACCUGAGGACGGCGGCUUACAAUCAGCUGUGCGCUCUCACGGCGACCUUCCACUUGAAGAUCGAAGGGCAGCUAUUGGAAACUUCGGGGUUGUGCAUUCCGUCGAAUAAUACAAUAUUUAUAAAGUCGGUGAGCGAGAAGCUGGCCCACAACGAGCCACACUUGACCCUGGAGUUCCUCGAGGAGUGCAUACAGGGCUUCAGGGGCUCCACGAUAGAACUGAAGCAUUUGUGCCUCGAGUAUAUGACGCCAUGGCUGGCUAAUUUAGUCAGAUUUGUGAAGCCGACAGAAGAUUCGCGCCGUCAGAAACAGGUCGCCCAAAUCCUGGAGAAGCUGAUCACCUUGACCAUCGAGGAGACCGAGAUGUACCCGUCCGUCCAGGCCAAGAUAUGGGGCUCCAUAGGCCAGGUGCCGGAGCUCAUAGACAUGGUGCUGGACAGCUUUAUGCAGAGGAGCGUCAACUCCGGUUUGGGUUCUCCUAUGAUCGAGAUAAUGGCGGACACCGCUGUGGCGCUGGCGUCGGCCAACGUUCAACUUGUAUCGAAAAAAGUCAUCGGUAGAAUGUGCCGCGCCCUUACCAAACUGCCAAAUAACGUUCUGGGUCCGGUGACACCGGCUACCGUGGUCGACAAAACCUGCCACUCCCCAACCGCGAUGCUCGAGCAACACAUGAUGUGGGAUGACAUCGCCAUAUUGGCUAGAUACCUGCUGAUGUUAUCGUUCAACAACUGUCUGGACGUGGCCCGCCACCUACCCUACCUGUUCCACACGGUCACGUUCCUCGUGUGCUCAGGGACCGUCUCGAUGAGGGCCUCAACCCACGGCCUGGUCAUCAACAUCAUCCAUUCACUGUGCACUUGCACAACGCCCAGCUUCAGCGAGGAGACGCAGCGCGUAUUGAAGCGUUCCCUCGACGAGUUCGCGCUGCCGCUGUUCUAUCAGAUGUUCGGAAUAUCGAAAGUGAAGUCGGCCGCCGUCACGGCGUUCAGGAGCCCGUAUUACAGACACACCCACGAUUGGUACUCGGAGCCGACGUACGUGGGUUGCGAGUGGGGCGGGCUGACGGACCGCGAGCGGCUGCCGCUGCAGUCGCUGGAGACCAUCGCCGACGCGCUGCUGGAGAUCAUGGAGGCCUGCAUGCGGGACAUCCCCGACUGCGACUGGCUUCACACCUGGACGAGUCUGGCGAAGAGUUUCGCAUUCUGCUUCAAUCCCGCUCUCCAGCCGCGGGCGCUGAUAGUCUUCGGUUGCAUUAGUAAGACGGUAACGGACGACGAGAUGAAGCAGCUGCUAAGGAUAUUGGUGAAGGCGCUGGAGUCGUUCAACGACCUCGCCCUGCUGGAAGCCAUCAUCAUGUGCCUCACCAGGCUCCAGCCUCUGCUGCACCCUGAGUCGUUAAUCCACAAGGCGCUGUUCUGGGUGUCCCUGUCGGUGCUACAGCUGGACGACCCCACCCUGUACGCGGCCGGCCUGGCACUCAUGGAGCAGAACCUGCACACCUUGGACUCUCAAGGGCAUUUCGAGGAGAAGACCCUGGAGCAGGUGAUGAUGGAGACGCGCGAGCCUCUGGAGUGGCACUUCAAGCAGAUGGACCACGCUGUGGGACUGAGCUUCCGCUCGAACUUCCACUUCGCGCUGGUGGGGCACCUGCUGAAGGGCUACCGGCACCCCGCCGCCGCCACCGCCACGCGCGCCGCCCGCGUGCUGGCCGCGCUGCUGGCGCUCACGGCGCGCCGCCUGCCCGACAAGUUCCUCGUCACCGCCGACACCGUCGCCUACCUCACCGCGUCGGUGUGCGUGAGCGAGGAGGUCCGCUCGCGCUGCCACGUGAAGCACUCGCUGCCGAAGUGGCUGCCGGACAACUGCGACCACUACUGCCCCGGCGCAGAGCACGUGCACGAUUCCUCGAUGUCGGUGCCGGCGCCCCCGGGCCGCGCCGGACGCAGGCAGCGCUCGUGGGACGUGCUGGACCAAGCUACGUGCGCGCAUGGUGGUAAAUCACCGACAAUGCAACAGUCUGGCAGCGGCGGACACAGCCCUCAUUUAAUGAACAUAACACAUCAGGAUAGCGAAGGUCGAGCUCACAGCAUGCAGCAUGGAGCCAGUGGUGAAGCAGCCAGGGAUAUCAUGGGAGACUCUGACAGUGGACUGGAUGUGGUGGACGACGACGGCCGGGGGUCCCCGGGCAGCACCGACGACGCCAACGACCGACCCGCAUCUACUAAAUCCGGAGACAGCGACUACCCAGAGACUUCCAAUAAGCAAAACUCAACCGACAAGGACACGUCAUCGUCCGACAUGAACUGCCUCCUCGAUCCUCUGGUGCUGACAGACUUCACGACGCAAGCCCUGGUGCUGACGGUGCUGGCGACCCUCGUCAAGUAUACGACCGACGAGAACGAGAUCAGGAUCCUGUAUCAGUACCUCGCCGAGGGAUCCGUAGUCUUCCCUAAAGUGUUCCCAGUCAUCCACAGCCUACUGGACAUGAAGAUAAACCACGUUCUGAUGCACUGCCACGAUCAGCUCAUACUGAGCGCCGUACAGAGCAUCAUACAGAACAUGAUCGCUUCGGAAGACGCCAGCCAACAACAGCUGCACUACAUGCAGAGCUGUGGCUUUGGGGGCCUCUGGAGGUUCGCCGGCCCCUUCACCAAGAAACAGUGCACGGCGGAGAGCGCGGAGCUGUUCGUGAACUGGCUGGAGGCGCUGGUGGAGACCUGCCUCCCGGGGGGCGAGGACCCGCACCGCCUGCCGCCGCCCGACCCCGACCACGCCGACCCCGCUGUGGUCCACAGACCAACUACAUUGUUCUGCUCUAGUCAAGACGCGUAGAUUUAGUCUUUAGAUCAUAGACAAACCUAGGACCCCGAGAAGAUGGACCCCGAAAAAGAAAACUAAUUACCUCUUAUUAUAUUGUUAAUAAUAAAUUAGUACUUUAAGAGAAUAUAAAAUUGCUAUUCGAUUAGUUAAAUCAGUAUUUUUUUGGUCAUUUGGGGGGCAGGAGGGACUGAUUAUUUGCCUCUUAACAAACUUAAUUAACUUAGAAUUAACAAGCUUAUAACGAUAAUAUCUCAGAUCUGAAUAGUAAUAAAUUUUAAAUUAAAAGUAAUCUAUUUGUUACGAAGAUAUUUUGUUAUUGGUUUACACAGUACCGCGUAAAAAAAAGAAAUUUAAUGUUAACUUUAUUCCAUUGAAAUAAAUAUAUAUUUUACAUGCAAACGGACUCAUUUAAGACAUUUGGCUACGAAAUUGUAUAUUUUCGUCGCAGAUAUAUGAUUCUAUUGAAUUUUGGAGAAUUUGCACGUAGACUAGAUAAGUAGUUUUUAAUAAAAUCUUAUUUCAGUGUAACGCGGGCCUAAGUAUAUGGCUCUGAUUUUGGAAUUAUUUUGUAUAAAUGUAUUACUUGUCUAAAAAGAGUAAAAGAAACAGGAGCAGAACGUAAGAUGUAGGUUUUGUUCAGGGAUUAUCAGGAGGUCUGAAUUUGAAAUAAUCCGCUUAAAACAGGCGCUUUCAUGAAACGGCCCAGCGAAAUGGAGGAAAAGCUUUGAGGUAAGAUCUACAAACAAAAGUCAGAUCUACAGACUGCCCACAUCAUAAAAACACAUAUAUGAUAGUAGCUAUCUUAAUAUAGAAACCUAUGGACCGUCUAUCGGUCCAACUGACAAUUUUCAUACAGGCGAACAAUUGUUCAAAACUCCUUAGGUGUACUGUUGAAGAUAGGCAUAUCAUCUAUAUAAGAGUAGCAGAAGCUUAAAUCUCUAGUCGGCACAAAUUUGAAAACCAUAAACCUAUAAAAAGUUGAAAGAACCGAGUUCCUAAAUCCGAAAGACGUAUGAGAUUUGUAUAAACUCACGGCCUUAUUACAGCAGUCUUCGAUAUAUUCUCUGUCCCUGGAAUUUGAUUAUACGCUUUGACUAAAUCGACACCUGAAAAAUUUUAUACAACCAUAAUGACGAGAUGACAAAUCUUGUAUAAACAUUCUAAUUGGAUUGGAUUGACAUGUUUUGUAAUCUUCACGUGGACUCCAACUUUAAUCUUGGAAAUCGACAUGCUUGGUUUCCAUUAAAUACUAUGGCAUCGAAGCCUAUUUUGGCUGUAUUUCACUUCUCGGGACUACACGUACACUAUACAAGUAGUGGUGCACGCAUGUUGGGUGUGAAGCUAUGUUUAGGGAUAUUCUGAGUACUAGCGCGGCGUCGUAGCGUCAAAUAUCGGAUCGUUUGGUACUUACAGUCGCAGUCUGUCAGUCGGAACUUUUAAACUUAAAAAUCAGACUUGAUUCACGAUAACAGUCAUGCUUUCCGAUUCCAAGAGUGGAAGAUCAAAACAAAGAUAAAAAAAAUCGGUAUCCGCCUGCAGGAUUCGAACAUCGGUACAGUCGCAUCGCUCGAUACGAAUGCCCGGCCGUUUUAUCCUUUAAGCCACGACGACUUCAAAGGGAAAUUGUAAGUCGUUUCUCCUUGUUUUUCAUUAACAAUAUAAUUUAAACCGCGUCAAGUAUAUCUCAAGGUGGGUGGCGCAUUUUACGUUGUAAAUGUCCAUGGGCUCCAGUAACCGCUUAACACCAGUUGGGCUGUGAGCUCAUCCACCAAUCAGCAAUAAAAAAAAUGCUUCACUUUACCUUCGUCACUGUCGACUAAGUUAUAUUGCAUCUGGUUCAAAUGCACAUCAGACUUUGGUCCUUUCAACUCGGAUAUCCAGACUUUUUAAGUAUCUUAUGCUUACAAAGAUCCCAAUCGCCUGCCGUCAAAACCAUUCGUGUUAAAGUCACAAUAGAAUAAAUCAUGUAUCGAAUUUACAAAAAUACCAAUUUUUAGAGCCUAAUGUAUUAAUUAAACAUUGUUAAAUUUUUGUUUACUCUAAAAAUGUUUUUGUAGUCAAAUUAUUUACGAUGUUAGUGUGAAUGUGCCGUAAAUAAAUGUUUUAGUAUGCAGA